UGGUGCACCCGGCAACAGAAGGGCCGCCCUUCUGAGCAGCCUUCGCUGUUUUGGUUUACCUACUACGGGGAGUUAAUAGGAACCAGGAAAAAGGGCCUUUUGAGAAGGCGGCGCGCUAAGGCCCUUAAGGUGGGGGAGGGGGGGGAAAGGCGGCUGUUAUCGGCAGCUUAUUUCCCCGCCACCGGGAAGUAAAACCACCCCGGGAUCGUUUUGAUCGCCCGGAGGAACCGCAGCCCCGCUUCCUCCAGCCCACCUCGCCGCUGAGGCAGGGACGGGCGUCUGCUCUCGCCGCCUCUUCCCUUCGGAGGAGGAAUCCCAGCCGGCCCUUCGCUCGACCGACGGACGGGAGGGAGGGAGGGCGGGCGGGCGACCGAGAAGAUGACCCAGGCGGAGAAGGGGGAAACAGCCGCUGCUGCGGCGGCUGCAGAGAACGGGAAAGACAAAGAGCGCGACAAGGAGAAAGAGCAGCGCGGCGCCAAGAGGCCCAUCGUUCCCGCCGCCGUGCCCGACUCGUUGCAGGAGCAAAUCCAGAGCAACUUCAUUAUUGUGAUACAUCCUGGCUCAACAACUUUAAGGAUUGGAAGAGCCACAGAUACACUUCCUGUUAGCAUCCCUCACAUCAUCGCAAGAAGACAUAAACAACAAGGACAAAUCUCAUACAAAGACAGUUGGCUUCUAAGAGAAGGACUCAAUAAACCAGAAAGUACUGAACAAAGACAAAAUGGGCUUAAAAUGGUUGACCAAGCAAUAUGGUCUAAGAAGAUGUCAAAUGGUGCCAGACGUACACCUAUAUCACCUGAUCAGAUCCGAUCUUACAACAGACAAAUGCGACCUGCUAUUUUAGAUCACAGCUCUGGAGCAAAAUGGACAAAUACUACUCAUCACCCAGAAUAUGUUGUUGGUGAAGAGGCAUUAUAUGUUAAUCCUCUGGACUGUUACAAUGUUCAUUGGCCUAUUCGGCGGGGACAGCUGAACCUCCACUUAGGACCUGGAGGCUCCCUUACUGCAGUUCUUGCUGAUCUUGAGGACAUAUGGUCGUAUGCAAUUCAAAAAUAUCUAGAAAUAUCUCUGAAGGAUUUGAAGUAUUACAGAUGUAUUUUACUAAUUCCCGACAUCUAUCAUAAGCAGCAUGUGAAAGAAAUAGUAAAUAUGACUCUCCUGAAAAUGGGCUUUUCAGGAAUAAUAGUGCAUCAAGAAUCUGUAUGUGCUACUUUUGGAAGUGGUUUAGGCAGUGCAUGUGUUGUUGAUGUGGGGGAUCAGAAGACAAGCAUCUGCUGUGUUGAAGAUGGGGUUUCACAUCAUAACACCAGGUUACGUCUUGCAUAUGGUGGCUGUGACAUAUCAAGAUGUUUUUAUUGGCUUAUGCAACGAGCUGGGUUUCCUUAUAGAGAUUGCCAGCUAGUUAAGAAGACAGACUGUCUUCUUCUCCAGCACUUAAAGGAAACAUUUUGCCAUUUAGACCAGGAUUUAUCUGGACUGAAAGAUCAUGAGUUUCAAGUCCGUCAUCCAGAUUCUCCAGCUUUGUUGUAUCAGUUGCGCUUAGGAGAUGAAAAGUUACAGGCUCCAAUGGCACUAUUUUAUCCAGCAACUUUUGGAAUUGUGGGUCAGAAAAUGAUAGUUUUGCAGCACAGGUCUCAAGGUGAUCCUGAGGACCCCCAUGACGAACAUUAUCUCUUAGCUACACAAAGUAAGCAAGAGCAGUCUGCAAAAGCAACAGCUGAUCGAAAAUCCAUGACCAAGCUGGGUGGAUUUGAUGGAGAUCUCCGAGGCCAAUCUUCAAGUGCUGCUGAAAAUGUUUAUCCUUCUGAAAUGGAUUUAGGCAGUUCUCAUAGUGACUGCAUUAUUGGUGGAAAUGAAUCUGAAGAAAUGCUAACAACUCACAUGUCCCGAAAAACUGCUGUAUCUCAGUUUGAAGGGAAAGCUUUAGGCCUUGACAAAGCAAUUUUGCAUAGCAUUGACUGCUGUGCAUCAGAUGAUACCAAAAAGAAAAUGUACAGUUCAAUCCUUGUAGUUGGAGGUGGCUUGAUGUUCCACAAAGCUCAAGAAUUUCUUCAACACAGAAUUCUCAACAAAAUGCCUCCCUCUUUCAGGAGAGUUGUUGAAAACGUAGAAGUCAUUACAAGACCAAAGGACAUGGAUCCACGUUUGAUUGCUUGGAAAGGUGGUGCUGUUUUAGCCUGCCUAGAUACAACACAGGAGCUCUGGAUUUAUCAACGAGAAUGGCAGCGCUUUGGUGUCCGUAUGUUACGUGAAAGAGCUGCAUUUGUGUGGUGAUCCAGUAUUAUUUAGAAAUAAUAGAAGGUUUCCUUGAUCCCUAGUUUUGUGUUUUAAAUAAACAGAUUAAAUUAUUUCCUCUGAAAUCAUUUAAAAAUAAGGCAUCAAGGUAUUAAAGAUUUCUCUAAACCCUCUCCUCUAGUUCAGUGUUUCUCAAACUCGCAACAUUAAAAUGUGUGGACUUCAACUCUCAGAAUUCCCGAACCAGCCAUGCCAUGUUUCUGGAAUUCCCUAGCCAGCCAGCCCUACUGGCUCUGGAAUUCUGGGAGUUGAUGUUUACACAUCUUAAAGUUGCCAAGUUUGAAAAACACUAUUAUGGUUGAAUAUUUUAUUAUGAUCUUAGUGAAGUCUGUGACAGAAAAUACAAAGCAUUUUUUUAAAAAAAACCCAAAUCAAAAACACAACCAAGAUGUGCACUCAUUCAGGGCACCAGACCAGGGCACCUAUUGAAAUAAUGCCAGUUGACAGAACUGGUACAUAGAUUACAUCUUUCAAAACUUCCUGGCUACUAAAUACACAUUGUCCAAGCACCUACAAGUCACUUUAUUUAUUUCAUUAGAUUUAUUGACUCCAAGGCAACUCUGGGUAAUUCACAAUCAUAUAUGUAUCUUCUCUUUCUCACACAAAAACAGACCCACCAAUAUUAUAAUAUGAAAUAUAUUAUAAUAUGAAAUAUAUUUUAAAAAUACAUUUAGACACCACUCUUAAUUCCAAAAACCUAUAUAACAAGACUAUAUUUUCCUUACCCCAAAACUUGGAAGAAUGCCAUCAGAAUAGGAGUUAUACAAAUCUUUGGAGAAAGUAGGAUCUUAUUCCAGAGAGCAAUGUAGGUUGUGAAGGACAUACUAAGGAAUGCCCAUCAUUAUCAAUGUUGUGGCAGUGAUAGUCAAUGGCAGUGUAGACUAUAUUGCAAGUCAAACCACAAAGGGACUAUCGCACGAAUGGCUGUCUGAAAGGCACAAGUGCUGCUGUGCAAAGGCCUCAUGGUCUUCAAGCAGAAGUUGCAUGUUGAAGACCAUCCAGACUGGGCACUAGAUUUGAAUACUGCCCCAUCCAAGAUCUGGAGGAUGCUAAAAUCCACAGCCACUCAGGUUCUGUAGGAUUAAGUCAGAGAUGUUUUUCCACAUCCAGAUCAAGGCAGUCUCCAGACACUGAGACAGGACAUCAAUGACAUAUUUGACUGGUUCAGGAUUGAGAUGUAUCUAUUAUCAGCAUGCCGAAGUUACUGAUUGCUGAACUGAUGAAUUACCCCAGCCUGCAAUUUUAUGUAGACCUUAAACAGGAGGAGCAAGAGCAUUGAAUCCUGUUGGCACAUGACACUGGGGGGAGGGGGGACUGAGGGAGCAAUCUCUCUCCCCAAUGGAAAACAAUGUAUUUGUGUAAAUAUGUUAUUCACAUUCCAUUAAAUUCAAGGCUGUUUUAAGUUUUUAAA